AUGUCGCGCUCCAACGUCAUCGUCCUGGACAAUGGUACCGGCUACACCAAGAUGGGAUUCGCAGGCAACUCGGACCCAUCCUUUGUCUUCCCGACCGCCAUCGCGACCCGCACCACCUCCGCUGGCUCCUCUGCCGGGGCCGGUUCCCGCCCCUCAGUCCCCAGCAAACCGGGCGGACUCUCCUCCUCCUCCUCCCUCGCCUCAAAACGCGGCAUCGAGGACCUCGACUUCUUCAUCGGCGACGAAGCCUACGCCAACGCUAAAACCUACCAAGUCGACCAACCCAUCCGUCACGGCCUGAUCGAGAACUGGGACCACAUGGAACGUUUCUGGGAACAGUGCAUCUUCAAGUACCUUCGUGCCGAACCCGAGGAUCACUACUUUAUGCUCACCGAACCGCCGCUCAACCCGCCGGAGAACCGCGAGAACACGGCCGAGAUCAUGUUCGAGAGCUUCAACAUCAAGGGGUUGUACAUUGCGGUGCAGGCGGUGUUGGCGCUGGCGGCGAGCUGGACGAGCAACAAGGUGACGGAUCGCACGUUGACCGGUACGGUGAUUGACAGUGGUGAUGGUGUGACGCACGUGAUCCCGGUUGCCGAGGGAUACGUCAUUGGGUCUGCGAUCAAGCACAUCCCUAUCGCGGGUAGGGACAUUACGUACUUCGUUCAGCAGCUUCUUCGCGAGCGAGGGGAGGCGGCCAACAUCCCUCCCGAGGACUCUCGCCGCGUCGCCGAGAAGAUCAAGGAAGACUACUCGUACGUCUGCCAGGACAUUGUCCGCGAAUUCCGACGCUACGACGAGGAUCCGUACAAGUACUUCGAACGCUUCGAGGGCGAACACACCGUUACGGGACGCAAGUACUCCGUCGAUGUCGGCUACGAACGCUUCCUAGCCCCGGAAAUCUUCUUCAACCCCGAAAUUGCUAGCAGCGACUUCCUCACGCCUCUCCCCGAAGUGGUCGACGGCGUCAUCCAGCAGAGCCCCAUCGACGUUCGACGUGGUCUGUACAAGAACAUUGUCCUCUCCGGUGGCAGCACCAUGUUCCAACAUUUUGGUCAGAGACUCAAGAAGGACCUGAGGGCGAUUGUCGACCAGCGUCUCGCAGCGAGCGAAACCGCCAGUGGAAGCCUCAUGCGCUCCAGUGGGUUGGAGGUCAAUGUGAUCAGCCACAAGAUGCAGCGCUACGCCGUGUGGUACGGUGGAAGUCUGCUGGGUAGUCUGCCAGACUUUUAUAGUUACUGCUACAACAAGCAGGAUUAUGAGGAGCACGGUCCGUCGAUCGUGCGCAAGUUUAGCGUGUUUGGCAGUGUUUGA